AUGCCCGAGUCAUUUGGCCUCACCAGAGACGCUUUGUAUGUUCACAUAAAGCUCAUAUGGAAUCUUAUGGAGCAAAAGACGAUCCCAGGCCCCCCUGACCCCAAAACCAUCAAGGAGUUUACAUCCCAAUUUUCGAAUGCCAAUGAGAUUGAAAAAAUGGCAAACAAUCCGGCUGGUGAAUCCCUCAUCCCUGUGAAGGAUGUUGUUACCUUCAAGGAUCUCCAGCUUGGGAGAAAGAAGGUCAGCAAAGGGUUGGUAAACCUGGAGGAAUUUUUUGUCAGCUAUACGAAGGCCAUUCUAGCUCGUCUUGGGAUACGCAUGUGGGCGCCAGACCUUGAAGAUUUGCUGAACUCACUGUACAAAGAAGCUUGCCGCCAAGCUGCCCUCAAAUCCUUCCUCCAGGCUUCUGUUGGUGGUGCUUACACCUACAUGAACAUCAAUCCAAAGUAUGCGACAGAUCUCAGGCUUCUGAUUCCUGCGUACAAUCACUAUGUCCACUUCUUGCAAAAAACCGGUACAAUCGAGAGAAGAACCAGAGCGGCAAGUUCUGGAUGGAUGAAGAGUCUUCAAGACAUUCAAUUGAAAUUUGUGCUUGCCCAGAAUCUCCCUAAGCAAUAUCAGAAGGUCAUAUCCAAUGUCAACUGCCAUAGCAAUGACAAAUACUGUCUGAAAAUGAGAGUUUAUAUCAUCAAAACAUUGAAGUUUUGGUCACCCAAUGCCACCAAGUUCUUCCGCCGACUCGAUGUCGCCAUCCUGACAUCUGAUGAACUGGACGGUAAACGUGUGCAGCGUUGCAGACGAGUUUCUCCAUCCACUCCACACCCAUCCCUUUUCACCAAGCCUCUGAAAGGCCAACCGUUAGAUUUCUACAACGCCGAGUGGUUCAAUGACUUGUUACCUCAACAACGCAUGGAAAUCGCUAACACCCGUGAAGUCUUCUUCGACCAACUCACAAAACCUUACGACCUCACCCAUGAGAUUGAAGAAAAUGCCAAUGAGGAAGAAACAUCCGAUGAAGAGGAUGAUCCCUCUUUCGACCCAGAUGAAAUCAAUUUGACUCACUCUGUAAACAAGGAAGAAGAAGAGGAGCAGGAGACAGAAGGAGACGGUGACUUUGGUGAUGACUCAAUGGGUACUUCUGGUCACCUCAAAGAAGAGGAGGAAGAUGCGGUCAGCAACGGCGACAAGGAGGAACUCGUGCGUGAAGCCCAUUGCAAUGCAAUGUUGCUUGACGAGGAUGAGGAGCUCUAA